AGGUGUGUGCUGUCAAUCAAACCGACACGCCCCAACGCUUCUCAGACGGGAAGCACACUGAUCACAACUUCUCCAGCAGCUGUGGAGUGGGACCUCCGUGGUAUCACGCAGUAUGAACGAGCAACAAACGUCCAAAAUGUAAGGGGAAAAGCAGCUAUACACCACUUUCUGAAAGUAGGUGUGCCGCGGAAGAGUACAGUAGUCUUAAAACGAUGCGUAAAGUUGCUGUUACGCAGCAGGGACGCGCGAUAAUCUGUGCGUAAUAGUCAGUCCAACAGGAGAGAAGUAAAAGUUCUGCGGUGGAUGAAACGUUUUCGCGGAAGAAAUGGAUGCGUCAGUGAGUUUUUGGGACGUAAUGAAAAGCUGACACCGUAAGGAACAAUCUUUUCAAGCUUUUACAGUUGACGUCUGCUUUCCAAAGUUUGGGGACAGCGACGGAGCAAAUCAGAGCGGAGCGCGCAGCGGGGCAGCAGAUGCUGGACAGUGACUAAGCCUUACGGCUGGAAAGCUCAUGAAUUGAAUUUGUCUGGACUGCAGACUUUAUGUAAGAAGUAGGACAAGCAUUACACCGCCCAACUAGUUCUUUCCGUCAUGCGUAGAGACGCGCUGUCGCCCAGCAUCGUGCUGUUUUGAUAGACAUCAGCUCUGAACGGUCAAUUCUAGAAAGUUGCCGCUAGCUGAUGCCACUACUCCAGCAGGAGUUAGUGGAAAGUUUUGUCGUUUACAUCCUUCUGUCUACCUCUUCUUAACAUGGACGAGAGUGUUGAGUCUGCUGCAGCCGACAGCUGCUCGGACGGGGAGAGCAUCAACCUCAGCGUUCUCAACUGGGAGCAAGUGCAGCGGCUGGACACCAUCCUCACCGGCUCCAUCCCCAUCCACGGCCGGUGGAGCUUCCCCACUCUGGAGGUAAAGCCGCGGGAUAUCGUCAAGGUGGUACGGAGCCGCAUGGAGGAGAAGCGGAUACAUGUCCGGGAGGUGCGACUGAACGGCUCCGCGGCCAGCUACGUCCUGCACGAGGACAGCGGACUGGGGUGGAAAGAUCUGGACUUGAUAUUCUGCGCCGAGCUGAAAGGAGAGAUGGAGUUUCAGAUAGUGAAAGAUAUAGUUCUGGACUCUCUUCUAGACUUCUUGCCCGAGGGAGUGAACAAAGAAAAGAUCACACCAAUGACCUUAAAGGAGGCCUAUGUGCAAAAGAUGGUGAAGGUGUGCAAUGACUCAGACCGCUGGAGUCUCAUCUCCCUCUCCAACAACCGUGGCAAGAACGUGGAGCUCAAGUUUGUUGACUCUCUUCGACGGCAGUUUGAGUUCAGCGUGGACUCCUUCCAGAUCCGCCUGGACUCACUUCUCCUCUUCUACGAGUGCUCCGAGCACCCCAUGGCUGCCACUUUCCACCCCACAAUUCUUGGGGAGAGUGUCUACGGCGACUUCCCCACCGCCCUCGACCACCUGCGCAAGCGACUCAUCUGCACGAGGAGCCCUGAGGAGAUUCGAGGCGGGGGUUUACUGAAGUACUGCCACCUGCUGGUGCGGGGUUUCCGUGCAGCUUCUGAAAGCGAGAUGAAACUUCUGCAGCGCUACAUGUGCUCCCGCUUUUUCAUAGAUUUCCCUGACGUGGGCGAGCAGAGGAGGAAGCUGGAGUCCUAUCUGCAGAACCACUUUGUAGACCUGGAGGACAGGAAGUAUGACUAUCUGGCCACUCUGUACGAUGUGGUGCAGGAGAGCACGGUGUGCCUGAUGGGCCACGAGAGGCGCCAGACGCUCAGCCUCAUCUCUUCGCUAGCAUUGCGGGUCCUGGCCGAGCAGAACGCCAUCCCCAACGCUGCCAACGUCACCUGCUUCUACCAGCCGGCUCCUUACGUCUCAGAUGGAAACUUCAGCAACUAUUACGUUGCACAGGUUCAGCCUUUCUACCCCUGUCCUCCCUCUCCUCCUCAGCAUUACCUUUCUCAUUCGCAACACCCCAUGUACGCCACCUGGUUGCCCUGUAACUAAACAAUGUACAUGAAUGCACUUUUGCAUAACUGGUGGAACUCAUACCUCCUUGAAAGGGAUGGAUGAUUUUUUUUUUUAUCUCCUCCUUGAGAUUGGAAAUUGAGGGAAAUAAGAGAAGGAAAACCAGGAGACAAAAUUAAACAAAGGGCACAGAUAAAAGAAGAGAAUAAAGCAAGGAGGGGAAAUUAGGACAAGGAAGCUCGAAUAAGGCAGUGGGCCAGAGGAAGGCUUUUCCCCGGGACAGGGUGCUACAGCCACAGGGGGAGCUGAGCACACAGGGAUAGAUGCCAAUGAGUGAGGCUGACCCAUCAGUUCUAAGGUUCUCUCAUCAGCUAAGAUCAAUUUGGUAGACCAAACCACAGCUCGGCCUCAGAGUGACCAACAGCCUGGAUACGAUUAGCUUAUUCUUGUCUGUUGUGAGUCACAGGAACUCAAAUUUCCAAUGAUGAACAUGUUUAAUAUUUACAUAAAAAAACCAAAACAGACUCGCAAACAGCCACAGAGAGUAACGGAGGACACACAUGACAUGCUGAAGAUAUUGAUUCAUUGUCAAACAGUUGCAACUUUCUGACCUUUUACAUGUGCACCGUGUGUGUAGGGGACUCCUUUUCACUGACAAUGCAAAAUGAGGAACUUGGAUACUUGUUUACAAAUCCAAAGAUUUACUUUGAUACUCAACUUUAUCUAAAUUCUGAGAAAAAAAAAAUAAACAACAAAACAAUGCAUGCUUUAUUUCUGUACAGGAAUAAUUUUAAGUGCCUAGAUAACGCCUAAAGGGAAGAGAUAUUUUUGUGAUUCUUUAUUGUAGAGAAACUGUUGAGUUGUCUUAUUGACAUUUCCGAGGUGAUAAUGAAUGUACUGUGGAACAGAGAGUUUAACUAGUAUGCUGAGUAAGGUCUCUUACAAUUAGGGAGGUUUUGGACCAACUGAUUUCGUUUGGCAAUGUUUAGUUGAAGACUCUGCUCUUAUCUGCAGUCCUGCUGGAUGAGCACACAUCCUGAUUACCAAAGGGGAAGUAUAGCACCAUAAUCUCAUCAUCUGUACAGACGGGGAGGUGGGGCUUGGAUCAAAAAUGCUUAUAAGAGUAAAAUAGAUGGUCAUUAAGAAAGAAAUGUAAGAGGUUUUGCAGCAAGAGAGCAAAUGAGAGAGAAUAAACUGCCCUUAUCUUUUUGCAUUGCAAAAUCAGAUUGACCAGUGCUCAGCUUGAUAAACAAAAAGCUAUUUAUCACAAAAAAGGAAAUAAUCUAAUCAUCUGUGGGUGGUGAAAUGCUACACAAGAAAUGUAUUUGGAUAUGUAGGUUUUCCCAAUUUAAAAACGCAGUUUCAUCACAUUUAGUCCUAUAUCAAGAUGCAUUUAAGCUUCAUGCUAUUGAGUUCUUGUGACGCUAAAAUGGAUAAUUAUGAAAUUUACAACUUGAGUUUACUUAAAGGUGCCCUGUGGAAAUAAAAGUAAUGUCUACAUUUAGUUUACACAUUGUGUGUAUCUUUUGAGGGCUAAACAAAAAUGUUUAGUUUGCGAGUAGAUUAAGUUUCAAAUGCAUAUAAAACAGAUUCAGUGUGUUUGAAAUGCAUUAUGAAACAGGGAUAACCACUUUUUCUCAAAUUAAACUGUAAAGUUUUAAUACACUUCAAAUUCAUUUUAUAUCUUCUUAUCAAAUAUAUAACGGUAAUUUUUUACAUUAUUGUACACAGUUUAAAAUCAUUUUGAUAUGCUUUAUGGACUGUAUAAACUAUGUUUCCUUUUCAUGUGUAAGAGAGAAAGAGUAAACGUUCAAAAGACGUCUCCAAAUAUCUGCAGACCAGAUAGCGAUACAUCAAACUGUAUGUUUGUCAGAGGGGUCGAGGGUAGGAUUAAAUGCAGGGAUGUAGCAGCAAAGCAACUUGUGAAUGGAGUGGAGUUAAAGGCAUAAUACUGGUAUUACCAGAGACCCUGCAGAGGCUUUUCAAGCCUGAAAAUCUUCAAAGAUGAUGUAAACUCAGUUAAUGUUGGCCAAUGUAUAUUUCAUCUUCUCUUUUAUAGAAAAAAAGGUUUGGGAUGUGUGGAAAUUUGGGCUGCAUGGGCAGAUAACAGCUAUCAAAAAUAUAUCUCGUCUUAGCAUUGAAAAGCACCGAAUAAUGAGGAAAUAACGUAAACAAUUGUAGAGAUAAAGACUACCACAUGGCUAUUUGAAUGGCAAAGAGACAAGUUGGCUAAGAGUUAGGGGUUUUUGCAAUGAUCAUGAAAAUAACAGGUGUACAUUUUCAGCUUUACAAGUGCAAGAGACUCUGCAUAUUCUCUCAAACAUGUCAGAUCUCCUAUUUUUCUAUCAAUCUCUAUUUUUGUACAGUCUGUGUUUGGCUGAUGUAGCAGGCAGAUUCAGAGCUGUGUCGUCCAUUUUGUGGAGUGUGCGAAUUUGUGUUUUAUUUUGGCUGAUGAAGAGCAGUGCAGGUGGACACAGAGGCUAUGCUGAGAUGCAGAUUUAACUUGUGUUCAUUGUAUGUGUGCUCUGAGCUGUUUCAUAUGGGUUUCUGUUGCUCUAAAGAGAUUGUUUCACUGUUCUACUUGUGUUUUUAAACUGCCAUCCUGUUUGGACAUGAAAAUAAUGAUCUGAUUAUUGUGUUCAAGUUGACCAACUUGAGAAUUAAAAGCAAAAAAGACUAUCAGAAAA